CAACCAUGGGAGAACAAGAAGAAAAAGAGAUCCCCCAGAGUGAAAAUACCACACAACAAGAAGUGGCCGAGGAGCCCAAAGAAACCGAUAAAAUGCUCGAGAAAAAGGACGAAAAAUCUUCUGGCGAAGAAACAAAAAGUAAAAAUGGUUCCAAACCAACAACACCCACGGCCACAGACAAAACAGAAAAAUCCGCAGCGUCCUCACCGACUACGGAAAAGAAAAAAGAAGAAAUCAUUGAUAUACCCGAAGACAAUGCUCAAGAGGAUGCCAACAAAACUAACGGUACUGGCACUGGAGCCGGCGACACAGAUGCUGAACGUAAAAUGUCCGGUGAAGAACGUGAAGUUAAACCCAAGAAAAUACCAAUUGGCGGCUUGAAAUUACCAGGAUUUUUUGUUAAAAAUAAACCCAAAGGUGAGGGGGAUGGUGCCGAGGGUGAGCUUUUGGAAAAAGAACCCAAAGAUGAAGGAGAACAACAAAAAGAUGAAAAAUCCGCCGCGAAGAAAGAUGAAAAACCGACCAAGAAUUUUGGUGAACGUUUGCGCAGCUUUUUUGUACGCAAACCGGCAGCAGAGAAACAGGCCAAGCUACAGGCCGAUGCUGAUAAUAAGAGUGAAGCCACAGCCGAAGCUGCUGCUGCCGAUGAUGCUGUCGAAGGUGGCGAUAAUCCCCCGAAAAAACGUGGCCUCUUGAAUGCCAUUAAACUGCCCAUUGCCAAUAUGGUGCCGAAGAAAAAAUCCGAUGAUGAUGUUGAACUGGGUAUGGGCAAAGCCGGUUUGGCAUCAAUGGAAACUUUAGAUGAUUCGCUAAAAGAUCAAGAUGUCGUCGAUAAGGCGGCGACCAAAAACGGCAACGAUGAUGUGGGUAAAUUAAAAAAAUCCGGAAGUGGUGAAAUAAAGCAGGCCUCCAGUGAUGAAAAAUCACCCGACAAUGAUCACGAUGAACAGCCCAUUUCGUUUUGUCAACGUUUGCGUUCAUAUAAAUGUUCCGUGGAUGAUGCUCUAAUAGCAUUGGGUAUUCUACUGUUUGUCUUGCUGAUUGCCGUCAUUGGUUAUGUCCUGUCGCAUGAGGGUCAGACAUCACCACCCAUUAGGGAGGGACGUUUUAUGGAUGCCGUCACCGGUUGUGGUAUGGUUGAGGGUCUAAAGGAAGAUGGUGCUUUUGCAUUCCGUGGCAUUCCCUAUGCCUUACCACCAGUGGGUGAGAGACGUUGGCGUCCGGCCCAAACAAUUGAAUCCAUAGAAGGCUGUUGGAAUGGUACCCUAAAGACCCACAACUCCAGUGAAGUGUGUACCCAAAUUCUUGGCAAUGGCACCGUGGUGGGUGAUGAAGAUUGUUUGUAUUUGGAUGUGGUAACACCUCAUGUACGUUAUGAAAACCCCUUACCUGUGGUGGUUAUGAUUGGCGCCGAAACAUUAAUGGGCCCCUCGCCCGGCAUCUUAAGGCCCACAGCCCGUUUUUCACGUUCCCAUGAUGUGAUUUUUGUACGACCCAAUUUCCGUUUGGGACCAUUCGGUUUCCUUGCUCUCGACAUGUUAACCAAGGACACAUAUCCUCACACCUCGGGAAAUUAUGCUUUGUCCGACAUCAUUGCUGCCCUCAACUGGAUUCAGUUGAAUAUUCACCAUUUUGGUGGUGAUCGGAAAUCGGUUACACUCUUGGGUCACCGCGCUGGUGCCACUUUGGUUUCCGCCUUAAUUACAUCCAAAAAAGCCGAAGGUCUUUUCACCCGUGCCUGGAUUUCAUCUGCCUCAGCCAUUUUGCCCGGCAAGCCGUUAGCGGAAUCUGAAAAACGUAACGAAGAAUUGGUACAAGCUUUGGAUUGUAAAGAUGUUGACUGUAUGCGUACCGUUGAAGCUGAGAAAUUGUGGGAUGCCAUACCCGACACCUGGCUACAUUUCCCCGCUGAUAUCCCAGCUGCCGAGGAGAAUACCACAGCACAUCAUGAGUGGUUGGUUUUGGAUGGUGACAUCUUAAAGGAACACCCUGCCGAAAGCUGGAAGAAGGAACAUGUUGGCAAGCCCCUCUUGGUUAUGGGUACCACUGCUCAUGAAUCGCACACCGAUUCAUUGCGUAAACGUUAUGGCAACUGGACUGUGGAUGAGAUUCGUUCAUUUUUGGAUAAUUCAAAAAUCGGAGCAUUGAAUUUGACAGAGGAAGCUAUUCAACGUUAUAAUGCCACAAAUUAUCGUGCUUUGGUAGCAAUGAUCAGUGAUAUUCGCACGGUUUGUCCAUUGCUGAUAAACGCCCGUCUACAGCCCUCUGUGCCAUUCUAUGUGGUCAGCCAGGGUGAGGGUGAAGAACAAUUGGCCACCGUUGAUGCUGAUAUUCAGGCAAUUUUGGGACGCUACGAACCACACACCGUCGAGCAACGACGAUUUGUUUCAUCCAUGCAACAGCUGUUCUACUACUAUGUCGCCCAUGGCAAUGUACCAUCAUAUGAUCCACGACGAAGAGUAAUUGAUGUUGGUCAAGACCCAUUGUCAAAGGAAGAUCAUGACAAUUGUAAUUUCUGGAUAUCGAAUGAUAUUGUACCGCGUUAUGCUCGUGUUGAUUAA